GGUGCUCUUGUUGCAGGCGGCGAGCGCAGCUCCUCCAGCGGGGCGUCCCUCGAGGAGGAUCCUGGAGAUGUGUCCGUUGACAAGGGCCCCGAGCUGGACGAGCUAAAACAAGAGGGCGAGCAGCUGGGGCUGGUGGUGACGGCGUGCUUCUCGCUGCAGGACGAGCAGUGCCCCGCGGAGGACGCGGCGAGUAGUGAGGGUGACCCUGGGGACUUCGCGGCACAGCCAGAGCAGCGCGUCGAAGAUGAAGUGGCAUCUCCACCCGGCGACGCGUCCAAACUGGGUGCUUCGGCCGUUCUUCGUGCCGUCCGGGAUGGAACCCGCGAUGCUCAGCCGGUGCAGAACCAACAGCAGGACGACCAGAAGGCCUCGAGGGUGCUGUGGAAGAAACAUCUCGGCCGGAAGUCCACCGGCAGCGGGAGCGGGAGCAAUCCCACUGGCGCUCUGCAGGCAAAGUCGCGCGGGCGCACCGGAGAGGCCUUUAAAUGCGAAGUUUGCGAGAAGCGUUUUGCAUGGGCGAGUCAUCUGAAGACGCACAAAAUGUACCACACUGGUGAAAAACCAUUUUGCUGUGACCUCUGUCAAAUGCGUUUUACUCAGAAAGGCCAUCUUGUCGUUCACCUGAGGACACACACUGGUGAACAGCCAUUCAAGUGUGACGUAUGCAAAAUGCGUUUUACUGUGAAAGGUCAUCUUGUCAGGCACGCGAGGACGCACACUGGUGAAAAGCCUUUCGAGUGUGUCGUCUGUAAAAUGCGUUUUACUCAGAAAGGCACUCUUGUCGAUCACAUGAGGACACACACUGGUGAAAGGCCAUACACGUGUGAUGUGUGUAGCAAGGCUUUUAGUCGAAAAUCAAGACUCAAUAAACACACAACAAUUUGUAUGUCUAUUUAACAUUGUUUUUAAUUUGUUUAAUUGUUUGUAAAGCCAGAGCAGGCAGGUUUUCAGUAUUGAUUGUAAACCUUUGUAAAAUGCAUUUUACUGAAAAGGGCCAUCUCGUCAUGCACGUGAGGACA